AUGAAUAUGAGGUUGGAUUGGUGGCUCCCUCUGAGAGAUGUGCUGCUGAAGAUUAAUUCUGUCGGCAUCUGUGGUACCGACAUCCACUUCUGGCUGGAAGGGAAAGUUGGAGAUUUUGUUGUCAAGAAGCCCAUUGUACUUGGGCAUGAGGCCUCAGGGACAGUGAUGAAAGUGUCCUGUGGUGUGAGCCAUCUGAAAGCAGGCGACAAGGUUUCCAUUGAGCCUGGGGUUCCCAGAGAGAAUGACGAUUUUGUUAGAAUCGGACGUUACAACCUGUCCCCGACCAGCUUCACAAGCGGUUUUCCUCCCGAUGAUGGUGCAAUGUGUCGAUUCUAUGUCCACAAAGCCAACUACUGCUACAAACUCCCUGAAUGUGUAACAUUAGAAGAAGGUGCUUUAGUUGAGCCACUUUGUGUCGCACUACACGCCUGCCACAGAGGACGAGUAAAAGUGGGUCAGAAAGUUUUCAUCUGCGGAGCUGGACCAAUUGGCCUGAUGACUCUUCUUGCUUGCAAGGCCAUAGGAGUGACUCUGACUGUAGUAUGUGAUUUGUGUCAGGACCGUUUGGAAAAGGCAAAAUGCUUGGGAGCCACCAUUGUCUUGAAAGUGGAUAAGUGCACGUGCCCUAUGGAGUUGGCCCAGAAAGUAAAGUCCUCUCUCUGCGCCAUGCCUGACGUGUGCAUUGACUGCACUGGGGCUGAUACCUGCAUCCAGGCUGGUGUCUAUGCUGUCAAACCUGGAGGGAUUGUUGUGCUGGUUGGCCUGCAAUGUAACACAUCAAAUGUUCCUGUGUUACAUGCAACUGUCAGAGAGGUUGACAUCCGCGGGAGCUUUAAAUACACAAACACGUGGCCAACAGCCAUCGCCCUGAUCGCUUCGAAGAAGGUGGAUGUGAAGCCUCUGAUCACACACCGCUUCCCGCUGGAGCAAGCCCCAGAAGCAUUCGAGUGCGCUAAGAAAGGCUCCGGGAUCAAAAUCCUCAUCAACUGCGAAGCACAGCAGCAACAGCAGUGCCCAUCCCUCUGCCCACAGCUGUGCCCACCACAACAACAAUGCCCACCACAACAAAACCAAUGCCAAACCAAGCAGUGCCCCCAGCACAGCUUCUUCUGAACAGCUUCUUCUGAUAGUGGCUCUUACCCUUUGACAUUCUUGACCACUGAACAGGUUA